UAAUUUAUACUGUGCGAUAGCCGUAAACGUUUGUCUUUGUCAUUUUAACACUUUUUGACUUUGAUAGAGAUUAUAACCUCAUCCUCAUAAUAUUAUCAUUAAAAUAUAUUCAAAAUAAAUUAAAUACUAGAUUAGUUAAAAUAAGAAGUCAUCAUGUUUAACUGUGUAUCUUUAUGUAGAAAUUUGAAACAUCACAAUGUUAUGUUUUAUACAAGAAAUAUUAGUACUUCAACAAAUUUUUUUAACACAAACUCUGAAUCUUCGAGCAUAUCUGAAAAGGGUAGCUUUGCGAAAUCAUUUGAAAAACAAACACAAUUACUUCAAGAGCCAGAACAAAAACAAACCUUUGCUUCAUUACUUCGGAAUUCAAAACUUAUCGAUCUUGGAGAUCCAGUAAAUAAAAUCGUUAUAGGAAAAAUAUUUCAUGUCGUAGAAGAUGAUUUAUAUAUAGAUUUUGGUUGGAAAUUUCAUUGUGUUUGCACGAGACCUACAAGCAGAAAAGAUGAAUAUGUUAGAGGAGCAAGAGUUAGAAUACAAAUUAAAGAUCUGGAGCUUUCGUCAAGGUUUCUCGGUUCCAGCACAGAUCUUACGCUAUUGGAGGCUGAUUGUAAAUUAUUAGGUAUUGUAUCUUCACCUGUUAGAACAACCCCAAGUGAAAAAACAAAUUAGUUAGUACAGUAUGAAUACUUAGUAAACAAAACAAUAAAGAAAUUAGCUUUUA